AUGAUGGCCCACGCGGAGCAGCCGGAGGAGCCAAUCUCCGCAACUCCCUCGAGCAACGGCGAGGCCCUCGCCGUCGAGCUCUCUCCGAAGAGUUACAACUACGUCCCGUACACCCCAUCCACCCCGCCGCUCGUCGCCACCACCACCGACGGCGCGUGGGAAGCCACCCACCCGACGGGCCCACCGCGCGUUGACGAGUUGGGCGACGCCGCCCGCGCCCUCCACCGCGCAGAAGCUGCCGUUGCGAAAGGACUUGCAAAAUGCGGUGAUUGGCUCGCCGCCCGAGAUGACUUUGCGGAGGCAGGCGCACUCUUUGCCGUACAUGGACACGCAGAAGCGGCCGCGCGGGCAUUCCUUCAUGCCAGCGUCAUCACGCGCGCCUUUAAGAACGAGGAGGAAACCAUCACAGCACUCUCACUUGCAGCAGAGAACCUUCAAGUAGUGGAUCCUCUGUUGACAGUUAAUGUGUUGCACACCCUCGCAGAAGCAUUUGUAGCAGCAGGCCUCACUCUUCAGGCGGCGCGCUGCAAACGUGAUACCGCUCUGAUACUGGAUCAACAUCUGGAAGAACCUGAAAAGGCGAUUCAACAGUACAGGGAGGCAAUACAACUCUAUGGAAGCCGUCCUCUUACAAAGUCUUUCUCGCGCAAUUGUAUGGAACGCAUCACAGCGCUGACAGUGAAAUUGGGUAAAUAUGCGGAAGCGUCACAGCUUUUCAUUGAAGAGGCGGCUAUGGUGCCUCGCAACCUUCCCAGAACCACGCAGUACCUGUACUCACUUCUCUGUUUACUCGCAGAUGGCUUCGGCAGUGAUGAUCGGUACUUCGAGGCACUUUACGUCACACGGAAGCGAUUUGAUGUACUACAGGAAGAGGAUCGGAAUAUGCAGCAAGGAAAGGAGCACAAACUUAUGCGACAAUUGAUCGAAGCCAAUGAUCAUGGAUCUCUAAAUGAGUUUGAUGUCGCUGUGUUUUCCUACAAGUCUUGUGCAUCAUUUAAACCAGAUGCUGUUUUCGAUGUGCUUGUUGAACGGUGUCGCGCAAACCUAUACGAGCAUAUGGAACAAUACAUGUAA